CUUGGAGCGCUUGCCUAGUUUUGCGAAAAAGUAUAAAAGCUCAGAUCUAUCAACAUUGGAAGCCGGAGAUUCACAGUUGGUGGUAAAGACCCUUGUUCAUCUAAUAUGCAUUUCCCUCUGACCACUCUCUUUUCGUCCGUGCUCUUCGCCAUUUUGGCUUCGUCCCAGGUUGUCUCUCUCGACAAAAAUCUCAGAACAUGCGACGACAGAUUCGGUAUCCCGUUGGAGGUGCCCGGAGGUUUCUCUAAUGUCGAUUGCGACGGAGAGAACGUAAAGGAAGCCGAAAACCUCAUACAAGUUCCCAGGGCAGAGAUUUUGGGGGUCACUAGGCAGGUGGUGGCCGGUGAGAAACUUGUCUUCUUCGUGGUUCAAGAUGAGGUGGUUUAUAGAAUUCCUAUCAUCAGACAGCUGAAUGGUGCUGUGGAGGUACUGGAAGAGCAAAUCUGCCGUGAAAGCCUGAAUCGCCAUCGGAAACUGUGCGAAACUGUGUCUCUUAAAGUCCGCCCUCAUCCACGCGCAGCGACUCAUGAGCCUAUGGAGGCCGACAUCCAGCUGGACGCAAAUACUUCGCGUCUGCUUCCGACAAGAAGACACGAAUAUAGUCGACAGUAGUUAAGUACUUCUUGACUGGCUGAAUUCCUAUAGAGUUUUAGGAAUGCAACUUUUUAAUUUUCAUCAAUGACACGGACGAGCGUAUGCUCGAAAUCGAGAGGCGAAGGUUCGAUUCAAAUUACGUUAGAAAUAUAGUCCACUAAAUAUAAUGUAUUUUGAUGGGAUGAAGACCAGGG